CGUCUCCAUGGUAACGAGGGAGCUUUAGCGUGACCUGGAUACCGGAUAAUUACUGUAAGAGGCAGGAGGCUGAGGCGGCUGUUGGGAAGCUAGUGAUCGCACAGGUUGUCGUGUGGGGUCCUUCUCUUGGGUCUUCGCUGUACGAGAAAGCCGAGCGUCUUGUAGGGAUAGUGAGGUGCGUAAAGCGGUGGAUAUAUAAAGGGGCGGGGCAAACGAAACCAGCUUGGGCUGUUGCUAUGGGAACUGUGAUUACAGCAAGCCGAACGCUGGCAGUGAGUGCUUGCGGGGCUUGUGCUGUGGGACAAGCUAUGUGAGAACAGAAACGUUUAGCAUUAAAAUGAGUGAAAAAGAGGAUGAAACAGAAUUUGACAAAGCUCCUGGCUAUGAAGACUAUGAAGAUGAUUUUGAGAAAGAUCUUGACUGGUUAAUAAAUGAGGAUGCACAGGUCAAUGCAGAUAUGCAGAAAACAAUAAUGCUCGAAGAAAAUGGGGAUGAGAAUUCAGAGAAGGAAAACAUUGCUCCUAUACCAGAUGUAGAUAAUGCUAAUCCAAUGUUUGAAUUAACUGAUAAAGAUGAAACAGAAGCUGAAUACCAAGAUAAUGACACUGAAGAUGAAGAAGCAAGGCGAUACAUUGCAGAGAAGAUUGAAGAGGCCAACAAACUACUACAGACAGAAAUUAUUGAUGAAAAUCGAGAGAGAAAAUUAAAAUUUAAAGAUAAUUUGGUAGACCUGGAAGUUCCCCCAGUGGAAUAUCAUGAAAUGAAAGAUGAAAGAAAUGAAAGUGCUGAUGAAGAAAUCGUUGAUGGUUUGUCUCAGCUGCAUCUUUCUAAUGCUACAGGGACGAAUGAGCACCGUGAUGACAAAGGUAGCACUGAAGAACAGAAGGAUGGAAAAAUUCUCAUAGAGAAAGAUGGAAAGUUUGAGCUUGUCACUUUAAGCGAUAUUGAAAGUCAGAGUUUUCUUCCGCCAAUAAAUAAUUCAUCUGGUGAGAAGGAUAUGCAAAAAUCCAUACUUAAUGCUCAACAGCCAAGUGCAUUUGGUAAGGAAGCUUCUGUUGGACAGAAGGGAAUUAAUGGCUAUAAUGAUGUCUACCUACCUCAGCCACCCUCUACACCAAAGGUUCGCCCAAGUUCUGCUGCUCAUUUGAUGAAGUCCAGCCACAGAAUGAAUUCACCUCGCAGAGUGCAAUCUGCAGGACUACCAAGCAGAAACACAACAUUUUGCCUUUCGCCGCAGCAAAAAGAGCUACAAAAGAGGAUACAGGAAAGGCAGAUGAAACAUAAAAAAGAGGAAGAACAGCAGAAAAAGGAAGAAGAAGAACAAAAAAGGAUAGAAAAUGAAAUUGCCUUCAAAGCCUGGAUGCAGAGAAAAAAAGACCAAUUUGCAGAAGAAAGGAGAAUUUAUCAGGCAAAGCAGUUGGAAGGCAUGUCAAUCACAGAAGAAAAAAGAGAUCCACAGAAGGCCUUUAAUCUCUGGCUCAAGAGAAAGCAUAAAGAAAAGCUCAGGGAACAAAGGUUCGAUGACCUGAUAAUACAAGAGGCUAUGGCCAACCCCGUGGAAAGAGGAAGGGGUGAAAAAGCUUUUAAAAAGUGGUUAAAAGAAAAGAGAAUACAAAAACGAACAGAACAGCAAGCAGCACUGGAGAGAUCUAGAAGACUUUUAAUGGACGCCAGAAGAAAAAAGCAAAUACAGACUUUGCUUUACAGCAUAUCUGACUCCAGAUCAUUUCGUUAUGUGGAUAACUACACAUAAAUGAUCCUUCUCUCAGCAUUCUUGAUAAAAGUGCAAAAUGUUCAUGCUGAGUACUAUAAUGUGUUACUGAUACUUGCCAUAUAUAGAUAUAUUUAUUUGGGUUUCAAAUCUAAGACAGUUGUGGUCCAGAGUUAGUUAUCCAUUUUUGCCCAUUAGUUUUGAUUAUCCACCUGUCUUUAAAAUCUGUGUUUAACUUAAAAUCAAAUUAUAAGCAAGUUUGAGGCUAACAAAAUUAUUGGGUGCAAAAAAUGUAGAAAAUCAUUUUGUGCAAAAAAAUAAAUAAAUUUGUAGA